AUGGCCCUCCUCAAGAGCGUCAGAACGCACCCUCUGCGCCCCAUUACGGCAGCGGAAAUCACCCAAGCAUCGGGAGUUUUGAGAUCAAUUCUGACCAAGAAACAUGGCGAAGAAUUCUCUUUCCGAUACAAGAAUGUCAGCAUCCGGGAGCCACCAAAAGCACUCCUAUUCCCAUAUCUUGAGGCCGAGGCGCAAGGCGUUCCUCCCGAGCAGCGGCCGUUCGUCCCUCGAUGCGUCGACAUUGUAUGGACUGCCUCCAACGAGAGGACGCUAUGCGAGAGUACCAUAAGUUUAGAUAGCUCUACCGAGUUGAAGCGCAGCAUUGCAACACAUGGACAACACUCGUCCCUUGAUCGCGAUGAGAUGCGCAAUUCGGGAAGAGAGAUUCUCAACGAUCCUCAGGUUUUAGAAGCCAUCAAAAAGCUGAAUCUUCCCGAGGGUUGCGUUGUGCAGUGCGAUUCUUGGCCGUACGGCUCGGAUCGUGACUCGGACCCUGACACCCACAAGUUCAUCCAGGGGCUGCUGUACGCCAGAGCUCCUCAUGGACACGAGGACAGCAACCAGUAUUCCUUCCCUCUUCCAUUUUCUCCCGUACUGGAUAUCUUUGAGGACAGAAUCGUCCGCCUGGAGCCUCUGGCGACCGGCGGCGAAGAAGACGGUCUGGCAUACAACACUGCACCCGCCGAUUCGCCGAUGGCUCACUGCGUCGAGAACGAGUAUUAUCCCGGGCUUCAAAGCUCCAAACCACGAGAAGACCUCAAACCCUUGCUCGUUAAUCAACCCGAAGGCCCAAGCUUCACGGUGUCGGACGAGAACUGUGUAUCGUGGCAAAAGUGGCGGUUCAGGGUUGGCUUCAACUACCGGGAAGGCAUGACGCUCCACGAUAUCCGCUAUGACGGGCGCCCGAUGUUCUACAGACUGAGCGUGAGCGAGAUGACCGUGCCAUACGGAGAUCCCCGAAGUCCCUUCCACCGCAAGCAGGCUUUUGAUCUCGGCGACGCUGGGGCGGGUAGUACCGCCAAUAACUUGGCUCUUGGCUGCGACUGUCUUGGUACGAUUAAGUAUUUCAACGGUUGGCUCAAUAAUGACAAGGGCGAGCCUGUGGCAACAGGAAAUGUCAUCUGCCUGCACGAACAAGAUGGCGGUAUUGGUUGGAAGCACACAAACCACCGCACGCAGGGCGUCGCCAUCACCAGAGCACGCAACUUAGUCGUCCAGUCUAUCCUUACCGUGGGGAACUACGAGUACGUCUUCGCGUGGCUGUUCUGGCAAAAUGGAAAUAUCGAGCUUGAGACCCGCGCAACCGGCAUCCUGUCGACCUCACUCAUCGACCCGGGUAAGACCUCACCCUGGGGCAACGUGGUAUCCCCGGGCGUCCUGGCUGCCAACCACCAGCAUCUCUUCUCCCUACGUAUCGACCCCAUGCUAGAUGGACAGGCCAACUCCGUCUUCCAGGAAGAAUCCAUAGCCGUACCGCAGUCCGAGGAAGAGAACCCUCACGCCAACGCCUGGAAGGUAGUCAAAACCCCUUUCCUGAAGUCAGGCCACGCCGACGCCUCUCCCUUCACCAACCGCGUCUUCAAAAUCGUAAACGAAGAUGUCCGGAAUCCCAUCUCCGGCAACCCCGUCGGGUUUAAGCUCGUGCCGCAGCCCUGCCAGCUCCUGCUCGCAGGAAAGGACUCCGUCGUGCGCCGUCGCGCCCGCUUCGCGGAGCACCACCUCUGGGUAACGCGGUACCGAGACGGCGACUUGUGGGCGGGUGGCAAGUGGACAAACCAGUCGCUGGCGGAGACGGACGGGCUCGCAGACUACGCUGCCAGAGACGAGGAUGUCAGAGGUGCGGAUGUCGUUGUUUGGCAUACGUUCGGUAUGACACAUAAUCCCAGGGUGGAGGAUUUCCCAGUCAUGCCGGUCGAGGUCUCGACUAUCUCGUUAAAGCCUGCGGAUUUCUUCACGGCGAACCCGGCACUUGAUGUCCCGCAGAGUACUCAGGCAGUCAACCGUAGCGUGCUGGUCACGAACGGCGUGUCGGCGAUGGAAUCCGCGGAUGGUGCGAAUGGAUGCUGCAAUGCGAGUACGUAG